AUGCCGAUUGUUGAGAACAGUGCAGUUGGAAGAACAAUCCUGCAAGUCCUCAGAUGUACUGAUGAAGCCUGCAAGCUGAUUGUGGCAGAAUUGGAACAACUACUGACAGUAUUGGAAACUCCAGGAUUCAAAGUUCUGCAGAAUUUGGGCAUGCUUUUCAAGAUAAAGAGUUUGCUUCAACAAAUCUCUGAGAUCAAGCCCUUUCUGGACUCCUCGGGUCAGUUUCUAGUGUGGUGGUUAGACAGGAUUCUAGAUGAAGCUGCCAUGGUCCAAAAGAUGCCCGAUCAGUCUCCUGAUCCUGCUGUGGUCAUGAAGCAAUAUCGAGCUACAAAAAUGGACCUAUAUGGCCCGGCAGAAGCAAGCCUCAAUGAGCUAGAAGCCAUAGAACAAUAG